UACGCGUGUAUUGUAUUGCCGGUAUGUUAUUGUUUGUUUUGAUAUGUACUUCACAACUGUACAUGGUUCGGUUACACAUUCUGCAAAUAUGACUGCAUAGUUUCUUAAUAAAAUAUACCUGAAUAUCUUUUGUAUCCUAGACAGCACAUUCUUUGUGGUAAUCGUCUUUAAAAGUUGAGUAUACCAGACUUUAGUUUGUAAUUGUGUCGGAUAUUAUACGUCCUGAAUCCUUGUUUAUGUGUCACGAUACUCAAUAAAUCCGCUACAUUUCACAUUGCUGUGGUCAGGACGACUGUUAAUUUCCUUAACAUAUGGUUGGGCGGAUUGUUCGAACUAAAUGAUAACAUGGCUUGUUUCUGAGCCUAAAUGUUUGGGUCUCGAUAUAUAUUAACCUUCCCGGGACUGUACGUUAAAUGUUAUCAUCCCAUCAACACUUGAAGGUGAUCAUCUCCAAGGUCUCAUUUACUUAUGCUUAAGUGGAUUGUUUGUCAUGUCAGAUCUGUCCUGUAACGCAGAUGUAACAGAUUCUUUUAACAUUACACAGAAUACACCUAUUCCUAAUUCAAAUUGCACUUUGUUGAAUGAUGUAAUUGUUGAAAAUCAUAAUGACUGUGAUUCAUGUACUCAAGGUCCGUCAGUUAAAAAACCUAGGUUAUUUGAGCAGCAAGAUACUCUUUGUAAAUUGAAUAAUGGUUUCAAGGAUGGUUACAAUAUAUGCAACUUAAAAAGCUUACCAGAAAUUCAAGAAGAACUUAAAAAAGUUCGACUCUGUUUCGAUUCAAAAUUAAAACUUGCUCUAAAAGAGAAAUUGUCCAAAUACAUAUCUUUUAUUGAGACAACAGAAAAAACAGUAACUAGUUUAAAGGAAGAAAUAACUCAAUUAACAGGUCGAAUGGAUUUCAUUGAGUCUUCGUCAAAAGACUUGACGAAAUUGAUUAAUGAGCGAAUUCCUUUGCCUGCUCCAACAAGUGGUAUUGGUCAGUCGAGAACUCUUUCUUCUCAAGCUCCUCGUUUACCUGUACUAUCUCAUUCUCCUUCGGUAUCCGCGCCAGAUCGAUCUAUACAAACAGCGAAUCCUUUGAAUCGACAGCCGAAUCUAACUUCAUCGAAUUCUGUUUCAUCUAGAUUAUUAUCUGUUCUACCAAAAACUUUCGAACUUCAGUGUGUUCCUCCUCAAACUGCAUCAGGUACAGUUUUAGCUAUCCAGGUCAAUGAUACUAUUGACCUGACAUCAGACACUAAUAUAGAAAAUGCUUGGGAAGAACAUUUGGUUUCUGGCUCAACAAAUACGAAAAAAAUAAAUAAACACAGUGCCACACCUCUUUCAAAUUUACAGAACGGGAUUAUUUCCACAAUAAAUGUUCCACCUUCAUUGACAUUUGACACUGGUAAUAGUCUGGAUAAUGGGAAUUCAAAGCAAUCAUAUUUGGACUUGGCAUCCUUAUCUCAAGCUCAGAAUAUAACUACUAAUCAAAUAACCAAUUCUCUACCAUACUCUGUUAUUCCCGAUGUUCAACUACUUCCUGUUGCUUUGCUACCUCCAGUUCCAACACAACCAGUAACUAAUAUCAACCAUCUUCCAUUGCAACCUGUUCCUCAGCUAACUAUUGCAGAAGCGGCUGAAGGAGUUUGUUUACAAUGGUCUAUUACAUAUCCAAUUGGAUCAUUUGAACCUGCUAUUUCUUAUGAAAUUUAUAGUUAUGCUUCAUCUGAAGUCAAUUUAGUCACUGUUCAAACAUCAUUACCAUGGAAAAAGGUUGGUGAAGUAGCCGCUUUACCUUUGCCUAUGGCGUGUACAUUAACUCAUGUUCAAGCGAAUAAUAUGUAUUAUUUUAUUGUUAGGUCAGUUGAUCGAUUACGUCGAUAUAGUUCAUGGUCAAAUGUUGUAAAUGCUUAUGUUAGUUGAAAAGCAUCAAGAAAUUGUCAAUAAACCUGGGGAUUUGAUUAAUGUUCCCUCUCCUUGAAAUAUUCCUUUAUAAAUGAAGAUAUGUGUACUUUUUCUAUUGCAUUUACCCAGUAAAAAUACGUCUGUACAGUUCUCAUCUAUGUCAGGAUGUGUGUAUGUAUGUAUUUAUGUAUGUAAAUUUUCUUUUCUUUGUAUUCAGGGACUUUAGCCCAAAAUUGAUUUUCCCUCAGUUAUAUACUUUAAUAUUUUGUGAUCUAGGCUAAAUAUGUAUCACAGUAAAAGAGUAUGUUUUUUGUUUUCAGACAUCGGAAAUUAACCUCGAAAAUAUUAUUUCGCGGUUCAAUGUUCCGAUGUACAACUGAGUUUGCUGUUUCUUUGUUGCAAGUUUCAAUGGUGGAUUCUUAGCGUUAUUAUGCACACACUUAAAACCUUAUCUGAGUUUACUUUGAAUCCUUGGGGGAUGUGGAUUCCUCGACUUUUUUCGUGUUAUUUACAUUCUCCUUAAAACUGAACACUCCGCACUACGAUGUACACAAUAUCAUGCCUAUUCGAACAGUCAAUUCACAUUCACUGAAAUUG